AUGGAUGAGUCUGACUCCCCCACUAUUGGCAUCCACAUAGCCUCCCUGAACCUCAAUGACCUCAUCUCAGUCUGGCGAGAGGAGAGCUGGGACGAGGGCAGCCCAUGUGAUGGUGUUGGGUCUUGGCAGGUUGGGGACCAGAUUCUGGAGGUGAAUGGGCGGAGCUUUCUCAGCAUCUUGCAUGACGAGGCGGUGAAGCUGCUCAAGUCAUCCCGGCACCUCAUCCUGACGGUGAAGGACGUUGGAAGGCUGCCCCACGCACGUACCACCGUGGACCAGACCAAGUGGAUUGCCAGUUCCCGGAUUGGGGAAAGCGCCACCAAUUCAGCAGGGUUUCCAGGGGACCUCACAGAAGAAGGAACAAGCAAGCCAGGAUUUUACAAGGGCCCCGCUGGCUCCCAGGUGACCCUGAGCAGCCUGGGGAAUCAGACACGCGCACUUCUGGAUGACCAAGCCCGGCACCUGCUGACAGAGCAGGAGCGUGCCACGAUGAUGUACUACCUGGACCAGUACCGUGGUGGUGCCAUCUCUGUGGAGGCCCUGGUCAUGGCACUGUUUGAAUUGCUCAACACACACGCCAAGUUCUCUCUCCUGUCUGAGGUGAGGAGCACCAUCUCACCCCAAGAUCUGGACCGCUUUGACCACCUGGUACUGAGGCGGGAGAUAGAGUCCAUGAAGGCGCGGCAGCCCCCAGGCCCUGGUGCCGGAGACACCUACUCCAUGGUGUCCUACAGCGACACGGGAUCAUCCACAGGCAGCCACGGCACCUCCACGACUGUCAGCUCAGCCAGGAACACGUUAGACCUGGAGGCAACCGGUGAGACCACUCAAGGCAGCGUUAACACCCUCCCGGAUGUGUCUGUGGACGAUGUCAAACCUCCUUCAGAAGAUCUGUCCGGCAUCAAGGCACCUCCUCCCCCACCACCACUGGCUCAAGAUCAAGACCACCGGUUUGGCCAGACACGGAAGCCAGGGAGGGAGGACCCUGCACCUCUGUCGGCUGCUGCCCACUCAGGCAUUGUCUUCUCAGCACCCCGGAAUCGAAGCCCACCCCUGGGCGCUGCACCCACCCCAGGGCCCUCCUCAGCAGCACAGGACUCGCCCUCCUCUCCCAUUUACGCCUCCAUCUCCCAUGCCAACCCCAGGUCUAGGAAGCCGCUGGACACCCACCUGGCCCUGGUUAACCAGCACCCCAUCGGCCCCUUCCCUCGGGUCCAGUCCCCACCACACCUGAAGAGCCCUCCUGCAGAGACCCCGGGGGCUGGGGCCUGCCUUCCGCCACCAUCGCCCUCUGACCACCCCGACCCUGUGGGUGCAAACCAGCACUUCGUCCUGGUGGAGGUGCACCGUCCAGACAGUGAGCCUGAUGUGAACGAAGUGCGGGCUCUGCCCCAGACACGCACAGCCUCCACACUUUCUCAGCUCUCAGACAGCGGGCAGACUCUAAGUGAGGACAGUGGUGUGGAUGCUGGGGAGACAGAGGCCAGCAUCUCAGGCCGAGGCAGACAGACAGCAUCCACUAAAAGCAAGAGUGGCAAGGAGCUGCCCCGGACGGAGAGGACCACAGAGGGUGCCAAUAAACCCCCUGGCCUCCUGGAGCCAACAUCCACUCUAGUCCGUGUGAGGAAAAGUGCAGCCACACUGGGCAUCGCCAUUGAGGGUGGUGCCAACACACGCCAGCCUCUGCCCAGGAUUGUCACAAUUCAGCGAGGAGGUUCUGCCCAUAACUGUGGGCAGCUCAAGGUGGGCCACGUGAUUCUGGAAGUGAAUGGGCUGACGCUUCGGGGUAAGGAGCACAAAGAGGCUGCCCGAAUCAUCGCCGAGGCCUUCAAGACCAAGGAGAGAGACUACAUCGACUUCCUGGUCACUGAGUUCAACGUGAUGCUCUAGGGGUGGGGUCAAGGUCAAGACUAUAGGACAGGGUCACAGGCAGACUCCCCCUCCUACCCUGACACAUAUACCCUGCCUGGUCCCCUGGCCCAGACUAGGAGAAAAAGAGAACCAGACAGGGCAAGCAAUGAGUCAGGUCCAAAUCUGUGCGCCAGACACACAGUAGGAGCUCAAUAAAACUGCAUUAGUGAAGGGAAGGAAGGCAGAGCACCUUUCUCUGGGCCGGAUGGGGGUGCUGCCACCCCCAGAUGCCUAGGUCUUUGGCUAUGAGGUCACAGGAGAGUUCACGGACUGCUCCCUGCCGGGGGACCUUCAGUGCCACAAAUGAGCCGCCAGCACGCCUGUUCACACCAGUCGCACCCCCUUUCUCCUAGCUCAGUGUCCCUAGGGUAUUUAUUUAUUUCCUUUCCUGCGCUUCAGGGGACCCCAGGCCCCAGAUCCCCUUUGCACCCCCAGCCUAUCCCAGAGGCCUUGCAGGCGACCAGCAAUGUCAGUGUAUUUAUAUACAGAGCUUACGACUUUAAUUUUUCAAUAAAGAAAUCUGAACAAGG